AGUAGUAGGAGGGGAAAAGAAGAAAAGCAGGAGACCUGGCGUAUUUCCGUAGAUUAAGACUGCUCUUCUGAACAGAAUGCUGUUCGUUUUGCAUUUUAUGGCUAACACAGAUUUUGCGAGCACGUACGAUCCUUCGCUUCCAAGAAUUUAAUUUUGUCCAGUGUAACAAACGAGCGAGUGAAUCUGGGUAAGUCCCCAGCAUUCUGAUGCUUUCACUGUUCACUUAGUUUUGUUUACAAGCAACAAGCUUCAAAUCGGGUUGGUUUCCAUUCGCUAAUGUUUGCAUGAGGAGCUGCACUUCUGCACACCUUUGAGUAGCAGUAUGAUGCAGGCAGGAAUCUGUCUGAGACAGGACACUGAGACAACACUACCAGAGUUCACUGAGGAGCACAGGAUCAGACAGAAAGAAGAGGAACUCAGUGGACUGGAGUCUGUCCACAUGGUAGAGUCAGAGACAAUGUGUGCUGCACCAGGACUCGACACACUGGAGCCAGAGUGUGUUACAGCACACAGUGGGGUCAGUGAUGUACACCACACACACACAUCACUGAUUAAAACAGAAACUGAUCUGUGCUCCACCCACACUGGGGACUUUAUUCCAACUGAGAGCCUAGAUGGUACAGAGCUGCGAUAUGUAACCCAUCUGCAGCCUGACCAAAUCAAAACCGAGACUGAUGAUGGAGGAUAUCUUAAGACAGAACACAUUGGUGGCUUGCUGGAUAUUAAAUGUGUUAAUAUUAGAACGUGUGAAAUGAAGUGUGAAUCCAGUGAAAGUAUAGUGAGUGAUCUGAUGAAUACUGUGGUAAGUGAAGCUGCAGUUGAUCACAAAGACCAGAUUGAACCAUGGCAAUGUGCCGCAGAGUCAGAACCCAACUGUAAAAAAGAAAUUAAUGAUGUGCCUACCAAAUAUGUGGAUGUAAAUCAUCACUGUGAAAUGAUCACUGAAAGUGGUCACACCAGAAUUGUCCAGAAGAUUACAAACAAUACCAACGAACAUAAUGAUUUCCAGGGAAUGGAUGUGAUAGCUGAACACAUGAUAAAUAAUUCAAAUAAAAACCAAAGCUUUUUGAAUUUCCGUCAAAAAAAUAUAAUUUGUAGAAAUAAUGGUGCAACUAAUACUGGUGAAAAGCGUUACAAAUGUUCUCAGUGUGAGAAGUGUUUUUCCUCAACAUCUAAUUUAAAUGUCCAUAAGAGAAUUCAUACAAGUGAUGAGCCCUACAAAUGUUCUCAGUGUGGGAAGUACUUUUCCACAAUAUCUCAUUUCAAUUCCCACCAGCGAAUUCAUACAGGUGAAAAGCGUUACAAAUGUUCUCAGUGUGAGAAGUGUUUUAAUUCCAAAUCUGGUUUUAAAACACACCUGACAAUUCAUACAGGUGAAAAGCCAUACAAAUGUUCUCAGUGUGGGAAGUGUUUUUCCUCAACAUCUAAUUUAAAUGUCCAUAAGAGAAUUCAUACAAGUGACGAGCCCUACAAAUGUUCUCAUUGUGGGAAGUGUCUUUCCUCCAUAUAUACUUUAAAUAGCCACCUGAAAAUUCAUACAGGUGAAAAGCCCUACAGAUGUUCUCAGUGUGGGAAGUGCUUUUCCACAAUAUCUCAUUUCAAUUCCCACCAGCGAAUUCAUACUGGUGAAAAGCGUUACAAAUGUUCUCAGUGUGAGAAGUGUUUUAAUACCAAAUCUGGUUUAAAAACACACCUGAGAGUUCAUACAGGUGAAAAGCCCUACAAAUGUUCUCAGUGUGGGAAGUGCUUUAGUUCCAAAUCUGGUUUAAAUAGACACCUGAGAAUUCAUACAAGUGAAAAGCCCUACAAAUGUUCUCAGUGUGGGAAGUGCUUUGCCACUAUAUCUAAUGUAAAUGCCCACCAGAGAAUUCAUACAGGUGAUGAGCCCUACAAAUGUUCUCAGUGUGGGAAGUGUUUUAAUACCAAGUCUGGUUUAAAAACACACCUGACAAUUCAUACUGGUGAAAAGCCCUACAAAUGUUCUCAGUGUGGGAAGUGUUUUUCCUCAACGUCUAAUUUAAAUGUCCACCAGAGAUAUCAUACAAGUGAUGAGCCCUACAAAUGUUCUCAUUGUGGGAAGUGUCUUUCCUCCAUAUAUACUUUAAAUAGCCACCUGAAAAUUCAUACAGGUGAAAAGCCCUACAAAUGUUCUCAGUGUAGGAAGUGCUUUUCCACAAUAUCUCAUUUCAAUUCCCACCAGCGAAUUCAUACAGGUGAAAAGUGUUACAAAUGUUCUCAGUGUGCGAAGUGCUUUAAUUAUAAAUCUGGUUUAAAUAGACACCUGAGAAUUCAUACAGGUGAAAAGCCCUACAAAUGUUCUCAGUGUGGAAAGUGCUUUGGCAGAAUAUCUAAUUUAAAUGCCCACCUGAUAAUUCAUACAGGUAAUGAGCCCUUCAAAUGUUCUCAGUGUGGGAAGUGUUUUAAUACCAAAUCUGGUUUAAAAACACACCUGAGAAUUCAUACAGGUGAAAAGCCCUACAAGUGUUCUCAGUGCGGGAAGUGCUUUACAUCCAAAUCUAGUUUCAAUAGACACCUGAGAAUUCAUACAGGAGAAAAACCCUACAAAUGUUCUCAGUGUGGGAAGUGCUUUAAUUCCAAAUCUAAUUUAAAUAUCCACAAGAGGAUUCAUACAGGGGAAAAGCCAUACAGGUGUAGUGAGUGUGGGAAGUCUUUUAAUACAAAAUAUCAUUUAAAGACACACGAGAUAAUUCAUUCAGGUGAAAGGCCCUUCAAAUGUAGUGAGUGCGAACAGUGUUUUAAUACCAAAUAUCGUUUCAAUCAACACAAGACAUUUCAUACAGGUAAAAAGUCCUACGGAGUGUAGGAAGUGUUUUUUCCAAAUAAAUUAUUGAAAUUGCCACAAGGUGAUUCAUACAAGUGACAAUCCCUUCAAAUGAAUUCAGUAUGGCAGGUGUUUUAAAUUACCUUAACUGGAUUCAUUCAGGGGAAAAGCCUUAUAGUGGUAUUUUGUGUGGGAAGUGCUUUUCCAGAACAAGCUUUUUAAAAUGCAUGAAGUUAAUUCAUACAAGUGAAAAGCCACGAACAUGUAUUCAGUGAGGGAACUGAUUUUUCUUUAACAUGUGCUUUGCAUCGCUACAACAUGAUGUUGCAUGUGAAUAGGCCCGCAAUUAGUGCGGUCAGUGUGGGAAAUGUUUUAAUGCAAAAUAUAAUUCAGAGACUUCACACAGAUGAACAGCCCUGUACGUGUACAUAGAGCAGAAAACAUAACUGAACUUUCUGCUGGAGAAUUCAUACAGGUGAAAUUCCCUACAAACAUUUUUUAGUGUGGGAAGUGUUUUUGACAACACAUGCUUUAACUUGCCAAGGUCUAUAUACAGGUAAAAUGCCCAAUGUUAAAAAAAAAAAAAAAAAAGGCAUUUUUUUCAGUAUCAACAAUAAAUGCUACUUUUUUUAUUUAUUUUUUAUUUUUUACAAAUUUUUAUUUCUUCACACAUGCAAAUGUUUUCUUUUCGUAUUAUGAACCUUUAUAAUUUCAGGCCACAUUAUUUAAUUGAAUCUAGCCUAUAUAUAAAAAUUUCCAGAAGUUAAAUUGUUCUGGUGAAAAACCACAGUUUUUAUACAAGCUGAAGGGACUUUUCCACAGAGCCUUCUUCUCAAAGUGCCACUAUAGGGUAUUGACUCCUCAAAUAAACUUUCAAAUUUAGGAUUUUUACCAGUAAGUUUUCAGGUGGAAAUUUGCACUUGUAAUUAAUUAUUUUUGUGACCUGCCUUCUGUACCAAACCUUUCCUUCUGUAUAGUAGCACAGUAUAUCAUUGCCCUGUGGUUUUCCUUGGUGAUUGUAUUUUUGAGAGGCAUUUGAAAUACAGCACAAUAGCUGGGGCAAACUGGAAUCCCAUUUUCUUUAAUAACGAGUGUUUCACCAUUUCUUUUUUUAGAAAAAGUAAUUUCCCUUGGAGUCCAAUUGCUGAUAUAUUGUGAUGAUGAGACUGACUCCAGUGUACCUUUUUUGAAAGACACAAUGCGAAAACUCUUUGCAUAUACUGCUGUAAGAAACAUGGUUGUGUGUCUUGCCAACAUGUAUCAUAAAACGAACUUAACGGUAUUGGCUUUUUCAAUUGUUUUACUGCCAAUGUAGAGGCUGUAAUGUGUUAAUGAAUUUAGUUUCAAUUCCUGCUGUGCAUUCCUGAACACUUCACCCUAUAUGAAUUGUGUAUGAAAUAAAUUUACUUUGCUUCCUGCUUUACCACC